GGCCCCAGGGGUCUGGGGAGGCAACAUGGUGGGCUCUGGGGUCCCAGCUUUGAGCCUCUUCCUGCUGAUGCAGGGCUCAGUAGAUGGGAACGGAAUCCAGGGAUUCUUCUAUCCAUGGAGCUGUGAGGGAGAUGUGUGGGACCGGGAGAGCUGUGGGGGCCAGGCGGCCAUUGAAAACCCCAACCUCUGCCUGCGUCUGCGAUGCUGCUACCGUGACGGGGUCUGCUACCACCAGCGCCCAGAUGAGACUAUGCGGAGGAAGCACAUGUGGGCUCUGGGCUGGACGUGUGGAGGCCUCCUCUUCCUGAUUUCCAGCAUCUGCCUAUUCUGGUGGGCCAAGCGCCGGGACAUGCUGCACUUUCCAGGGUUCUUAAAGGGCAAAUGUGACCUGUCGAGGACUGUGUCUCUGUUGUCCAAGGACCGGGGGAAUCUGAGCGACAAAAAGGUGUCCAUGGGGAGCGUGCCGGCCUCCCUUCCCAUGGACAUGUCAGGGGCCACCGAAGGGGAAGGGAUGACAGAAGGGGGUGAGGACACGGAAGGAGGGGAGGAUGAAGAUUAGGGGCACUCCGGGCGGGACCCCUCAAUACAGAUCUAGCAUAUA